AUGAACACCUGUUGUGACAAGGAGGAAAAUCUCGACAAUACGACGAAGUUUAGUUCGUGUUCUUUUCAACGAGACGCAGAAAUUUUAGAAAACAGUUUCGCAACGUUGAUUAACGAUGACGAUUCGGAUACCGAUGGGGAGACUGAACCCGUCUCGGAGACAGAGGAUUAUGAUCUAUUGAAUGAAGGCUUCAGUAGUGACUCUGAGAGCCAAACAUACGAGGACCAAACAAAUGAUAGCAAGUGGUAUCCAUUUCCAGACAAGCUGAGUCUUCUUUUAUAUGGAUUGCUUCAUAGUACAACACAUCACAUUAGUUUGGAAGUGGCAAAGUAUGUGUGGUUCAUUUUAAAAGAAGUUGGUGUUCCCAAUGUACCAUCGUUAAAUCAUAUCAGAAACAUGAAAUUUGGGGACUUGGAUGUAAACAGCUUGAUAGCUAAGGGAGAAGAUGACAAUGGUUUACCUUUAUACAUUCUGAAACCAACUGAAAUUGCCAAACUCCACUUGAGCAAUCCUUCAAUAUCAAAGAACAUUGCCAGGUAUCCACGGAAAACUGGUCUUGUACGUGAGCAAAGGGACGGCAGUCGCCUCCAUGAAAUCGUAUCCCCUUGGGCAACAUUUGGUGAUACUCAUUUUCAUGUGGGUAAUGUUGUGGAAUCAACAGCUGACCAUAUUAUUGGAAUCAUAAGAUCAUUUUACGAGAGUGAAGAGGAAAAUUUUAUUCUGGCUGAUUUAGAAAUAUUGAAACAGGAAAGGAAUGAAGACAAUCAAAGCUGCUUGGUGAAGACAACAAAAUGCAGUGCUGCUCCAUUAUCUAGUUUGUCUGCAUACUCAGCAGAUCACAUAAAAAUUAUGGAAAUGGCAACAUCAGGAAAACUGGUCGAAAUAUCAGAUGAGGAGAAGUCUGAGGUUCUGAAUUCGUAUCAGAAUCAACGCAUUCCGAAACUGUCAAUUCCUGUGAAUUUGUUCAUUGAUGACACAUCUACAAAUAUCAGUAGGAGAUGGCUGCCAAUGCAUUGUGCACAAAUGCAACUAGCAGGAGUUCCUUUCAAAUUCCGUAAUAGUGAAGUCUACUCCAACUACCUUGGAGCCUCUGAGCAUGCUUCAAUGAUGAGCAUAUCUAAAGUUAUUCUACAGGACAUUAAAUCCAGCCAACAACCUUGUCCUCUACUGAGGGCCAACUCCUCACAUGAAAAAACUGCAGGAAGGAGUUUUGCAGUCAAAACUUUGGUUGACCAAGAUCAAGAUUCGGUUUCAUCACAAACACUGGAGGAAGCUUCUGUGGAAACAAACAAAGUCCAAUUUAACUUUGUGCAAACGUACGAACAAGAACUAAUUACCAACUGCAAUUCGGAGCCGGAAUCCUUUAAAGAUUUGACGGAAGAUGAACAAACUUUGGCUGAGGAAGAUUUUGAUUUACAGUUUGAUUCAUUAGCAGAUCUUUACAUUCCAACUGAGGUAGAGCACUCGACAGAUCGGGAUGCAGAAGAUAAUGAUGUCGAUUCAGAUCCACUCUAUCCUGGUGCUGCAGUGACAUUAGGUGCAUUUAUGCUGUUGCUUGCCAUAUUUACUACGAAGUAUAAUCUGAUUGGAGAGCUGAUCUCCCAGCCAGAAGUUUACUUUGUAACCACGUACAAUACAAUGGAGCAUUCUCCUGUUGGAAAUGUGAGCAAGAAGGAGAGACAGCAUCUGUUGGGCGAGGCCAUGCAAGGAUUUUUCCGUUUCAAAGUGAAGAACCCAAAGGACCAGUACGAACAAAGGAAAAUGUGUUGGAAAAUGCAAGGACAGCAGUACAAGACCAACAGAAUGAUCAAAAGGAACAAUUCAGCAAUUUGUUACAAUGGAAUGAGUGGGAUUAGCUUUGGAGAAGUUAUCUUUUUUAUUUUGUUGGAAGACAACACUGCAGAUAAGGAAGAUUCCCUGGGGGAAUUCGCUAACCAGGCGUAUGUAAAACUUAUUAAAAAAGCAAAAAAAGACCUCGGGGACAAAGAAACCCCAGAGUGUUUAUUUCGCUUUGAGGUCAACGAGGAGAAAACGAUGGGAGGGAAGAGAAAGAGGAAAGAAACGGAGAAAGUAAAAGAAAGCAAAAGACAAGAUGAGUGCACCAGUCCCAAAAAGAGAAAGAUCAGUAAGGAGAAGGUGACAUCAAAAAAGACCACCACUGAAACUGAGAUAAAUAAAAUUAUCUUAGCAGCUCAGUUUGAGGAAAGUGGUAGUGAUGAUGAACACUCUCAUGCUAGGACAGACACACCUACCUUAACAUCAACACCCGCGCAUCCAAACACACAGUACCAUGGCAGGACAGACACACCUAACUUAACAUCAACACCCGCGCACCCAAACACACAGUACCAUGGCAGGACAGACACACCUACCUUAACAUCAACACCCACGCACCCAAACACACAGUACCAUGGCAGGACAGACACACCUACCUUAACAUCAACACCCACGCACCCAAACACACAGUACCAUGGCAGGACAGACACACCUACCUUAACAUCAACACCCACGCACCCAAACACACAGUACCAUGGCAGGACAGACACACCUACCUUAACAUCAACACCCACGCACCCAAACACACAGUACCAUGGCAGGACAGACACACCUAACUUAACAUCAACACCCGCGCACCCAAACACACAGUACCAAGGCACUCCAAGUCCGGAGGUAUUAGAUGUACUACGCGGACUAAUGCGACCAGAUGUACAGUGUUACCUAACAAAAUUAGUCGAAGCAUUUACAGACGGACAACCGGUCAACAUGAAUGACAGUAUAAUAUCAGGCAAAGGACAUGCGGCAAAUCGUCCAUCAGAAGGCACCCCGCAAAUGGCAAAACUUCUCGAUGAUUCGGAUGUCAUGGUGUCCAAGGAUGGCUUAAGGAAAGCGGUGUCCGCAGCAAAAAAGAGCAGUAAGCCGGGUUUUACUCUCUGUUAUAAGUUGCUCGCAGAGCUGUUUAACUUAGAAGAACUUGCUGCCUCUCGAGGACAAGGUAUUGGAAAUACCAAAGACAAGGAAAAACCAGUCCUCGAUAAAGUUAGGACUCAGGCCCUCAAAAAUUUGACAGCAAUUUUUUUUUUCUCUACUUGUAGAAUUCCAUUUGAGACAUUUCAUGCGGAAAUGAAGACUUGUGUAAAAUUUACAAUGGAAGUUGCUUCACUGAUAGCUGACUUUAACAUGUUAUCAUUGACGUGCAACCAUGCUGGGGCAACAACUUUGAAAUUUUGUCCGAAAUGCCAUGCAGACAGAAAUAGUUGCUUAUCAAAGCAGAGAGAAAGAACGCCCCAGGACACAAAGAGGACAGUAGAAAGAUUAAAUAUGCGAGGAACAGAAGCAUCAAAGAAACCUUUGAGAAAGGACACAGGUGUGAAGGAGUAUGACAACCCUUUCUGGGACAUCCUUAAUCCCCAUAGAGAUGUACCAUCUGGACUUCUUCAUCUUUUUCAUCUUGGAACAUCAAAACAUCUUUUUAAAGUCUGCAUUGAUUCAUUAACUGAUACUCGGGCAACAUCACUUGAAAGCCAUUUAACUGCUCUAGAUGCCCAUCAGCGAGUGAAAUUUAACAUUACCAAGAAUGUGAACAGCAGACAAGGGAAGGAUUUGAAAAAAUUUAUUCAAGUUGCACCCUUCAGUUUCGAAUAUGCUGGUCUGGAUGCAAGGUUUCUUAAGAUGACCUGUGUCCUGUCUCUGAUAAAUAGGAUUGUGCACUUGGAUACAUUUGCGGAGGAAGAUGUACAUCUGCUUGAUAAUCUUGUCGAGAAGUAUCUCAUUCUUGUUGAACGCCAUGUACCAGAGUUGAUGAACAAAGUAAAGACACAUUUGAUGACCCAUUUGACUGAUGAAAUCAUUCGGCAUGGUCCACCCCUUGCAUACUCUGAGGAUGUAUUUGAGAAGAGGCAUGGUGUGAUCAGAGCAAAGCUAUUUCAUCAGGAAAAUCAGCUGGCCAGAAGUAGAGAUACUGCAGUCAUUUUCGGAAAAAGCUAUUUGUUCCAACAUGUCAUAGUGGGGGGCUAUUUUACAGACAAUGGAACCUGGAGGCAGUGUACAAAGGAGGUGCAGGAUUUAUCCACUAGGAAGGAAAUGUGCAACUUUUUUGGAAAUCUAUCAGAAAUCAAACAAGACUGUGAGAAGCCUUUGCUUUUGAGACCACUUCGUACAGCCAACAACAAAACAAAGCUGCAAGAUAUGUCAGCAUUCCAACACCAAUGCCUCCUAUUGCAGGGUCUUAUUGACCUAGGGAUCCCAUCCCCCUGUUUGGAGGGGAAGAUGAUCAGCUACCAAAUGUGUAGAUGUAAAGAUGGAUCAAGUAUUGCUGAGGGGAUGUCCAUCAUGUAUUUGAGUAGAGAGGAUGAGUUUAAAGUUGGAAUCUUCAAAGGUGGUCUACUCCUUCUUCAGGGUGCUAGGAGAAGUUCAUUAGCAAUUGUUGAAAAGGGGGUUAUACAGCAACCAACACAUCUUGGUUGUCCUGUGAUAGAGUUCUCUGAGGAUUUGGAUGUUAUUCCUAUUACAAAUGUUCUUUCCUACAUGCCACUUGUUCAUCACUGUAUCCAGUGUCAUUGCAGCAUCAAAGAAGGAAAAACCCCAGCCAGGAUUGAACAAGAGGAGACUGAACUCAAGCAUACAAAGUUUAUUAAACACAAGUUAUCCAGGGGACACAGAUUGUUUCUAGUCAAUGUAUAUUCACUAAAAUGUCCAUCUAGUUUUGAUUUUUCUAAACCAUCAGCUUGUGCAAAGUCAUUUUUGAUAUAAAUCUUCUUUGUAUGUAUUUUUAGUGUACUUGCACAAGCAAUCCCCUUGAUGCUCUGAGAAUUUUUUGAAAUAGGUAUACAUGUUUGUUUGCUUUUGUUUUACAGCCCUUUGAGAAUUUUUCUCUCAUGUUUGGGAUGUGACCACCCCUGUUGAAAGGCUGCAAAUAAUAUUUAAACCUAUACUCCCCACUUGUGUUCAUUGACCAGUGGGAGAUUUUUUUUAUGCCAACAUAAAAAAUGUGCUGUAUGGUGUGAUUAUGUAAAGAAUAUGCUGUACAUGUUUUAAUGUAUCGUGGAUUCCUGCUGUACAUGUUUUAAUUUAUGGAUUCAUCACUAAAAUUAAAUUUUAAAAGUAAA